CUCCUCCUCUAGCAAGUCAAGUCAAGUCACCUUUAUUUAUAUAGCGCUUUUUACAAUGUAGAUUGUGUCAAAGCAGCUUUACAUUGAUAACUGGUACAUUAUUUGGCUGCACAGCAGCUCUUAAAAGAAUAGUGUCAAUGCAGGCAGAUCAAAGCACUGUUGAAUAUCAAAUGUCAAGUCAAAUGUCAAGUGUCCCCAACUAAGCAAGCCAAAGGCGACAGCGGCAAGGAACCCAAACUCCAUCAGGUGACAUCAGGUGGCAGACAAGUGGCAAAUAGGUGUUUAAAUGGAGAAAAAAACCUUGGGAGAAACCAGGCUUAGUCGGGGGGCCAGUUCUCCUCUGGCCAACAGUGCUUUGUUACGAUUCAGGUAGCUAUCAUAAGUCCGACAGGAUCGCAACAUUCAAAGUAUUUAUUCCAGUUCCAUCCGACUGAGGAUCGUAUUCAUCACGGCGGUAUGGACGGUUGUUGAGGAACUGUGUCGUGGCUGUCGUGUCGAUGAGGCCCUCACAGUGGAUGAUCUAGUUGACUCAAUCUCUGCUGAUACUUCAGGGCUGCAUUGUGGUCGUGUCAAGGUGCAGGUCCUUGGUCUCACCUGGAUACUGCCCGGAUCCGGUUGACUACGGUGAACCUCGGGAUAACCAGAAAGACUAAUAUUAGCGUAGAUGCCAUUCUUCUUCUGAUAUAACGAGUACAUCAGGCGUUAUAGGAAGUGUUCCCGGUUCCGGCUGACCUAAUUUAUGCAGCCUAAUAAUCCUUUAACAGCAACACCAUAACAUUUUGGAUGCUGUUAGAUUCAAAAUGAUUGACUUGGUCUCAUGAGACCAGAGUAUAGAUUCCCAGAAGUUUGUAAAUAUGGGCCUUGGAAAACGCUAAUUGACUUUAUUGUGCUUUGGCUACAGAUAGUUCCAGUGUGGACAACAACCAUACAUGUCACUUCUGCAGGCUGCAUCUUCUCACUCUUUUCAUAGCUUUUGCUGGCUCUGAGACACUUGCUUGGUAUUUCUCCUGCUCUUUGUCUAGCAAAAAAAAAAAAAAAAAAACAUAAAAAAAAUCACUCAUCACUAAAUGAAAGUUUAAAUUGAAGGCCUGGUUAUUUCAGGGGCAUUGUCACAAGUCCACUGUUUUUUAAUUUCAGUUAAACAUUGUUUAGCAACUAGAGGACACAGUGUAAUAAACUCAGAUUAUAAGGGUCUUUGAUGAAAUACAAUAACAUCUAUCAUUUUAUUAAACCAAAGCUCAUUCACAGACACAGCUUUUGUUUCUGUUCCACUUCAUCUGAAGCAAGGCAGUUCAUAUACCAGGAGACUGGAAUUAAACACUCACGUAGUGUGUGUUGAACCAUUACAAACAUAGACUGGGCGGUGCUUGAAGCAGCUGACUCUUUCAAACAAACAAAAAGCUGGAAAAUUUCAUGCUGUAAAAACAAGUCUGUGUUCCCACAUACAUGGUCUUUUUACAAAAAUAUACCUUUGGUUCCCCUUCUCAAUAUUAUUGCUGACCCUUUUAGAGGGGGUGUGUUUUAUAUGCUGAUUAAAGCAAGACUGAACAAACAUUGCACUUACUGUGGGUGUGAAACACUGAAAUCACACCACAACUCCCUGAUGUGUGACACUUGUCCACCUCACAGAGUCCAUGGACACCUGUUUGUUUUGCUAGGAAAAUGAUUCCAUGUGCUGAUGCUGGACAGCCGUCUGAUGUUACAGUGGAUGUUGGUAUGAAUGGAAAGAUAGACGUGGAGUGAAUGUUGUGGGAAUGCUUCACAAGUUUUGGGAGCAGAAACAAGUGAAAGGUGUGAUGAUGGAGACAGAGAAUCUGGUAGUCUAUGAGUCCAUUCCCUCACCCAGCCCUCCCUACAUAUGCUACGUCACCUUACCAGGUGGCAGCUGUUUUGGAAAUUUUAAGUACUGCUACAGUAAAGCAGAGGCCAGACGUGAUGCAGCUCGUAUCGCUCUGAUGAACUCCACAUUUAAUGAGUUGCCCUGUCGCCGCAUCACUCCUGAGUUCAUAUCACACAGCGUGAAAGAGGCCGUCAGCACCACCAGCGGUAACAUUUCAGAUGCAUCUGACCCUGGUACCAGUAUAGGAGCAUACUGCCUUAUGCUGGAGCUGAACACUGGGAGAACCAUGCUGGAAUUUCAGGAAGUAAUGACAGUUUUUCAACUAUUGCACUGGAAUGGCACUCUGAAGGCUUUCCGGGAAAUGAGAUGUAGCCGUCAGGACGUUAUCCACUACUACUCACAGCAGCAUCUGGACGAGCGUACGCGCAGCCACAUGGCGCUGGACUGGUUACAGAAGGAGCAGCAAUCACCCGGCCUGCUCUCUCAAGAGCUGCAGCUGGCCGUGAAGGAGCUGGGGGACGCCCGGAGAACCGGCAGGGAACUCCGCUUCUACAAGGAGAAAAAAGAAAUCCUGAGCUUAGCUCUCAGUCACGCUAAUGCUGAGGAUCUGGAGGGCUACCACAGUGAGGAGAUGUCCUGGAGAGAAGAAACUGAAUUUGAGUACUAUGCUCAGGAGGGACUCUGUCUGGAGGAGAGUAUGACUGACCCUUCAGAGCACGGUCAGUUUCACUCUCAGGGGAGUGAUGGAGAAUCAGUGGAGUGAGCUGUGAGAGUUGAAAUGUAUAUACUGUACAUAUUCUACUUUUUUACAAUAGCAAGUGUUUCAUGUGGUAUCAAUAUACAUUUUUUAUGCUUCUUCAAUAACAUAAGAUGUUUUAGUCCAUAUUCUUUAUUUCCAUUACAUUUUAACACAAAAAGGCCAGUAAAGAUGUUCUGUACAUGUAAUAAAAUAACAAACAUGCUGGUGUUAGUUUUACAGAUGUAUAGAGACUAAAACUAUCUGCUAUAAAAGGUGUUGUAGCACGA